GGGUAGAAAUCUUUGUAUACACCAAAAAACUAGAGAGUACCAUCGUAAAUGGCCUUCAGAGGAAGGGGGCGGGGACGCGGUGGCUUCGGCGGUGGUGGAUUCCGACCGGCAAAGCAAGAGCCAUUGGAACUGUUUCCAGAAAUUGAGGGUUUGGGUACUGCAGAGUAUUCGACUGCUCAGAUUGAGUUGAUAAAAUGGUCUUCGGGUUUCCACAAGUACUGGAACUCCUCUCCUUAUUAUUACGAAGAUAGAACUGAACGUCCCGAGAAAGUAGACAAACCAGACAUAGAAAGAUAUUCGGAUAGGAAUUUGCAUGCAGGAAAGGUUAAACCACCACUCUGGCACUUCAUUAAACUGGAUGCAGAUCAUGUUCCGGCCGAGCUAGCUAGAGGUGAGAAGAAGCAAAAGCUUGUUAAGAGAGUUCGAUGGAACCCCGAAUCAGACUUGCAGAAACUGGAUCUCUUUGAGAAGCUUGAACAGAAGCAUCAGGGCCAAGAAGGAACUGAAAAGAAAGAAAAUGAAGAGGAAGAAGAAGAAGAUGGAGGAAAUGAAGAAGAUGAAGGAGAAUUCAGUGAUGAGGGCGAUUAUGAACAGGCUGAAUAUUGUGAUGAUGAUGAAGAUGAUUUCAAUAUGGCUGAUGACAACAAUGAUGAGCCGUUUUAUUGAGUUCUCAUUGUGGGAUUGCGUCACCCAAUUUGGUUCGAGUUGGAUCCUAUCUUGCAUCGGGUACAUUGUUCUAUUCUCCAUUCUCCCUCUCAGAGCAGGCAACAUCUUUCGAAUCUAGUUUAUUUAUUAAAACAAUUCCGAUAAUUGUAUUGCAGUAGUCUUGCGCGUAUAUUAGCCAAAAAAAAGAAGAGAAAAUUUUCAAAAAGUUGAUGCCA